CACCUGCCCCCUGUCUCCCCCCUGCACACCCCAUUCUCCUCGGUGGAGGGGACACCCCUGCCCACGUGGGACCAGCGUGGGCAUUGGGAGCCUGGUCUAGCGAGAUGGGUAGUGCUGUGGGGUCACAGACUGUUCCCCCUCACCCAGGUGACAGACUCCUCCGGCCACCUGUUCUACUCUAAGGAAGAUGCCAAGAAGGGCAAAUUCGCCUUCACCACAGAUGACUAUGAGAUCUACGAGAUCUGCUUCGAGAGCCACGCCCAGACGGGGGGUUUCCGAGGCCCUGACCAGCUGAUCAUCCUCAACGUCAAACAUGGGGUUGAGGCCCGGAACUAUGAAGAUAUUGCCAAGGCAGAGAAACUGAAGCCUUUAGAGGUGGAUCUGCGACGCCUUGAGGACCUUUCUGAAUCCAUUGUCAAGGACUUUGCCUACAUGAAACAGCGGGAGGAGGAAAUGCGGGACACAAAUGAGUCCACUAGCACCCGUGUGCUCUACUUCAGUAUCUUCUCCAUGCUGUGCCUGGUGGGCUUAGCCACCUGGCAAGUUUGUUAUCUGCGUCGCUUCUUCAAGGCCAAGAAGCUUAUCGAGUGAGCAGCCCCUGGCUUGUGUUGCCAGCCUCACAUGUUGGCUCCCUUCCUGUUGGCCCUAGAACCCACUCCGACUCUCUUGGCUCUAGUGGGAAGUGAUGCCUGCACUGGACGUGUCUGCCCAUCAGGAAUGGAUUCUGGGGAAAGAGGGAGUUCUGGCCCCUCGGUGGAGAUCCAGAGACUCCCACAUUUAAGGAUCCUGUAGUCAGCAGAGGAUCCAGCAGUGAGGGUGCUGCAAUCGGGGGGAUUGGGUCAUAAUUAUUUUAAUAAAUAAUUGAUUGGGA